AAGAAAAUUAGUAGCCUAUGGGAGGUCAGUUACUAAAAAAGGUUUGAAAACUAGAAAGAUAUAAUAUCUAUAGAAUCAGUUUUAAAAAGAACCACAUUGCCUUUGUUAAACCAUGACCACAUCCAAUCAGAUGUUUGGAACAGUCAAUUAAAAUUCUACUUGGAACAGGGAAAUACUGAAAGCGUAUGACUAGAACACAGUUUCUAUUUAAUAGGAAAAUUUCCUGCUUACAUUUUUUGCAAGACAGGAGGAAGACAAAACAAGGUAUAUACCACAUACAUACAGAAUACAUUAAUUAUUAUUUUAAACUUUUUUAAUUGUGGAAAGAUGCUAAGUAAUUAACAAAAUGCAAAAAAGAAAAGUGUGAACAGACAGAAAAUGUCACUGCUAAAAUGUUAUCAAGAUAGAAAUACCAGAAGCCAAACUAAGCCCUUCAUUUGCUGCUCUUUUAUUCUCUCCUUGUUAACCUGAGGGCACCAAUGGCGGAUCUGUUUCCACAAAAGCACCUAAAAAUUAAUUUGUUCAGAAAGGAAAGCCUUCACCAAUGCAAUAUUUUUUUUAUUUUUUCCCCUCUAACCUACGUUGUAUGAGAUAUACAUUUAAAGUGUGAAAUAAAAAUGAAUGAUUACAUUUAAUGACUUUAAACGACCUUUUUCUCUGUUUUCUGCUGGGGCGUCUGGUAUUUCCGUUUACAUCCACUAGAGGGAGUAUUCCAGUUUUUAGAAGGUGAAGCGCAGUCGACGAAGAAGAAGAAAGAAUGGGAACUGUUGUUUUCGUCUUUCCAAUUGGAUCUGUCAGAGAUCUAAAAUAAGAGCAAAAUGCGCACUAUUCAACUUUUGCGGGUGUCGAUAUACGAGCAGAUGACCGCCGCCGCUGAUGCAGUUUUACAACAGCUGCAGAAGGAGGAAAAAGCAGCUAAACUGCGGCCGCUGCGAGCUCUGCUGUAUGAGCGGCUAACAGCAGCCGCGGAGGAAAUCGUUGGUCUGUUACAGAAAACUGUGGCGGAUUAUGAAGACAGAAUCCAGCGGUCAGAGGAGGAAAACUGCCGCCAAAGGGAGAUUUUAGAUGCCGUCUUAAAACCCGAAGUCAGGUUGCACAGGCUUGAUCAAAAGCCGCUGUUUUCACACGGAGGACCGACAGCCAACGGAGCAGCUGAGACUUCCGCUCAGCUUCAGAAUAAAAGCACGACCAGCGACAGUGAAGAGUCUGAAAAUGAGCAAAAGGUUGCAAGCAGUGAUGUCUUAUACCCCAGCAUUCUGGUGGAUACAGACUUCCAGUCAUCAAUCCUGAGCCGGUCCAACUCUGAAAAUAAUAGUUCCUCUCCGUCUUCGCCUCUUUCUACCGCCAUGUCCUACCACGCGCCCAUCUCUUCAUGCAGUGAUGAGGAUUUUGACUGCAGUCAGGAAGCUCAAAGUCAGAUCUCUGCAUCUGUUCCAAAGAGGAAAAGGGGCCGGCCCCGUCUAACGAAGCCCGUGGUCCAAACCAAACGCAAGCGCUCGGGGCCAAGUCAGACAUUCAACUGUUUUGUUUGUGGACAAACUCUGCAGGGCAAAGGUUUCCUGUUAAAACACGUCCUAAGUGUCUGCGCCGGCCCCCAGGACAAUCGCUGCGGUUACUGCGGUGAGUUUUUAAACUCAGCCGACGGCUUAACGGCUCACCUGCGGUUUCACCAGAAGACCAGCAAGACCUGCUCCUUCUGCGGGAAAACCUUCACCUCCAUCCUGGCGCAGGAGCUGCACGUUCGCCUGCACACUGGAGAAAAGCCCUACAGCUGCCACGUCUGUGGUAAAAAGUUCACCCAGAAGGGCAACCUCACGUCUCACCUCCACGUGCACGCCUCGGAGAAACCUUUCAAAUGUAAGGCGUGCCCCCGCGCCUUCUGCCACCUGACAUCGCUGGAGCGCCAUGUGAGGGAGCACAGCCAAAAUGUGCUGCACACCUGCACCGUCUGCAGCCAGGAGUUCGGAAAGCUGUCCGCCCUGCGGAAGCACACGGCGGCUCAUGAGACAGACGGGACCCAGAAAUCCAAGAGGUGUCGCAGCUCCGCACCGUCUUACUGCUGCAAAGUCUGCAACGAUUCUUUCGACAGAAAGACCCUCUUGGAGAAGCAUGCAGAGACGCACCUGCAGGAUCCAGACUGCUGCUGUGCGAUUUGCGGUUACCAGUACGAGUCCACCGACAGUCUCAUUUCUCACUUGCGCUCUCAUCGCGACGCCCGCAGCACCUGCGACACCUGCGGGAAAUCCUUCCCCGGCUACUCCGCCCUGCUGAUGCACUUGAGGAUCCACACCGGAGAAAAGCCGUUCACCUGCAGCUACUGCGGCAAGGCCUUCAACCAGACCGGCAACCUAAAGACGCACCUGAAGAUACACACGGGCGAGCGCGCCUUUUCCUGCAGCAUCUGCGGCAAGGGCUUCACCCAGAAACAAACGCUGGACACGCACAUCCGCUUUCACAACAAGGAGAGGCGCUUCCUGUGCCAGGUGUGCGGGAAGGGCUUCAUGCAGGAAGUGGACCUGAAGAGGCACAUCCUGAUCCACACCGGGGAGAAGCCGUACAUCUGCAGCGUGUGCGGGAAAAGUUUCCAGGCUAAACGGUCACUGAACGGGCACCUCAAGGGGCAUUCGGCUGAGGGAAAGGAUGCCGGUCCAAACGCAGAGAACAGCAGUGAAUCCCAGAGUUUUGACAGCUCAAACCCAGGAUAUCUUCAGCUGUAGAAACUAAGAUGUUUGAGUUAUGUUGUCUUCUGUAUAUUGGAUCAGUUCAUCUUUUUUUUUUUUUUUUUAAAGCAAACCAUUUUUUAAACUGAAUUUUGCAUCCAGUAGCAAAUCCCUGAGCAAACGCCACAAAAACACACUUUGAGAACACAACAUCUCUGUUUUCCGCUGUUUGGAUGUUGACAACCUUCCCUUUUAUUGCAUCUGUUUCUAGUUUUCAUCAAUGCUGUUACUUCUAACGUGUAAAACACUGCAGAUGACCUGUUAUUGUUGCUCCAAAGUAAUCUCUUACCUUAAAAUCACAAAAUUGUAAAAGCAUUAUACAUGAGUUCUGUUUUACUCUCAAACACUUACUAUAUAUUAAGUAAAAAGAACAUCAAAAAUGCUGAAAUAAUGCUUAAGAAAGCAGUUUAUGUCCGAAAUCCCUCACUACUCCGUAACCCUUAAAACACUGGAUGGUGCGGGACUACCUAGUGUUCUGGAUUACACUAUAUUCAUUUUUUUAAAGGAAAUACAUUCUGUUGUUUUUAUAUUAAAAAUGUGAUGAAAGUUG